CCACUUCAUAUGUGACUUUUGCCCGUGGUUAGUCAGUCGGCAUAUCUCGGCAAAACACGGUGGAAGCAUGACGCUGCUGUGGGCGGUUCUGUCUCUGGCCUGCCUGGCCGUACAGGUAGCGGCACAGCCGUGCGAUCCCGCCACGGAGUUCGAGUGUGCGUCCGGCGGAUGCAUUGCCAAGGCGCGCAGGUGUAACCGUAUCUUCGAGUGCCUGGACUUUUCCGACGAGGACUACUGUCCCAUCGCGAAGUGCAAGCCGGGAGAAUUCCAGUGCGCCACCGGAGACUGUGUUCACGGCGUACUCCGGUGUAACGGCUCUCCGGACUGUCCGGACAAGUCGGAUGAAUCCGGAUGUGUGAAGAUCCUGUGCCACGGACAUUCCUUCAUCUACAACAGUGUCACCAGAACAUGCCUUUCCUGCCAACACAACACCCAGGGACGUAACUGUGACACGUGCAAGCCUGGUUUCUAUGGCAACGCGAAGAUCGGGUCAAAGAACGACUGCAAACAGUGCAGCUGUAACGGUCACUCCACCACGUGUGACAUCACAGGAAAGUGCACGAACUGCGGCCACAACACAGAGGGAGAGAAGUGUGAGAAGUGCCGCCCAGGGUUCCGCGGUGACGCCACCAAAGGGACGCCCACUGACUGCAAGUCUUCCAGCACAGGCCCCACCAAAACAUGCAACACCUGCAACGGCCACUCCACAACCUGUGAUGCCACCGGAAAAUGUGUGAACUGUCAGGACAACACAGAAGGAGCCCAGUGUGAGAAGUGUGCCAAGGGAUGGUGGGGAGUUGCUACCUCGGGUGGGAAAUGUUUAAAAUGCAUCUGCAACAACCACGCUGACGACUGCGAGAAAGCCGGAGGAAAAUGCUUAAAUUGCAAGGACAACACACAGGGGUUCUUCUGUAACCAGUGUGCGACUGGCUUCGUCGGGACGGCGACAGACGGUAAGAAGGACUCCUGCAAGGCUGCUAACUGUGACGUUCUGUGUUACAAACACUCCACCACAUGUAACGUCAACACCGGCAAGUGUACGAAUUGCAAAGACAACACGGAAGGUGACAGGUGUGAUAAGUGUAAGACUGGCUUUACCGGUAACCCGACCACGGGCGUCUGUACGGCCGGAGCGAAGCCGACCAACUGCGCGACUCUGUGCUACGGCCAUUCCACCACGUGUAACGUCCCGGCAGGAACAUGCUCGAACUGUCAGCACAACACGGAGGGUCCCCGGUGCCAGACGUGUAAACCCGGCUACACGGGAGACGCUACUAAAGGUCCGACAGGCUGUAAGUCCUGCCUGGACAACUGCAACAAACACAGCAGCACGUGUGACAAGAGCACCGGGGUCUGCACGAACUGCCAGCACCAAACCACUGGGUCGAAAUGCGAGAAGUGCAUAGCUGGGUACACCGGUGACCCCACCAAAGGAACAUCCACUGACUGCAAACCCACUGCCGGUUGUCCAUGUAACAAACACUCCAGCACCUGCCCUGGAGGGGUGUGUAAGAACUGCCAGCACCACACGACCGGCAAGUACUGUGAGACCUGUGAUACCGGCUACUACGGCAAGGCAACAGGAGGAACUCCGAACGACUGCAAGAAAUGCCCCUGCUCUCCGCGCUCUACCAUGUGCAUACUGCUGCCGGGUCAGUCGGCGCCCACGUGUAUGGGCUGUAAGGAUGGGUACGCCGGAAGCAACUGCAACCAAUGUGACACUGCCAACGGCUUCAAGUCGCUGGGAGGCGGCCCGACCGUUCCCGGUGGGUGCUGCGCCAGGGGGACUGACGUCUGCCCCGCCACGGUCUUCGGCUGAGGCCGCCGCGAACUCAGACAACUCAAACCACUCGACACAUGCACGCUAAAGUCAUAUAAACCGCCAUGUAGCUUACGUACAGUUCCACCAGUCUCGAGGAUCGCAUGUGGAGCCAAAAUCCUGCAAUGCCGUUAAUACAGUUGUUUCACAUUUUCCGAUGACAGAGAAAUUCCAACACCUUUUUCUGACAUUUUCAGGUCAGCUUCUGGCAAAAUAACAUGAUUAUGUUCCAUGUAUCAGUUCGUCAACAACGUUUGAUUUUUAAAACUUUUAUAAACAGGUUCAAGAAAAUCAUUUUUUCUAAAGCAAUCCACAUCAUCAAUACAGAUACUAAUAUACCAUGCUGCCACCAUAAAAUGGUCGUCAGUAGAAAUCUGUCUAUUCGUCAUGUCUACCCGGCAUUACAGCGUGUAUCACCUGACACUUUUGCCGGUCAUCUCAUGUAAUGAGAAACUUCCAGAUUUCUUUCUCUAGAAUCCAAAGGGUCGUCAUAUUAAAAACAAGCUUUGUUUGAAAAGUCUUUGUGUUUGUAUAACCUUGUGUCGUCUACCAUCUUCACAUCGACAGUACCAACAACCACAGCCCAAAACGGACUCAAAGUUCUCCUUUGUUCUUGCUAUAUUUCGAGACAUAUGCAAUCUCUAGCAUUCUUGAUCAAUGAUUAACGUACUUAACUUUUGACGUUCAUUAGUGAUGGGUCAGGUUAAUGCAUACACUAAAUUGCUGGUGGUUAGGUUAUUAGCCCCUGGCCAUUGGUACUUUAUCACGCGAUCACAUGAACACAUGGACCCAACAUGUUCCUGUGUCUUGUGUACGUGACGGCAUGCGUGUGCAUUCAUGCACGUACAUGUACGGCCCUGAUAAUACCAGAUAACAGGAGGGUCAAUCAAUGAUUCUCUAAUGUCAGGAUGUACUACUACUAAUGUUUAUAUUUCUGUUCCUACAUGUAUGUAGCCUGGGACCAGACGUGACCACGGUUCAACUUGGCACCAUUUCAUCAUUGAGGAGCAGAUUGACAGCGGCACAAACUUAGCCUCCACCAGGCCUUCCU